AUGAAGAUCUUCUCGAGCCUCAUCGGCUUCUGCGCCGGCGCUGCCGCCAUUAGCGUCUCCUUUGAUUCCGGCUACGAUGAGCGUGAUCGCGGCCUCGACACCGUCAGCUGCAGCGACGGCAGCCACGGCCUUCUUACGCGCGGCUACACAACCCAGAGCUCCCUCCCAUCCUUCCCGCUUAUCGGCGGCACUUCCUUUAUCAACGGGUGGAACAGUGCAAGCUGCGGCUCCUGCUGGACCCUUACUUACAAUGGUAGCUCCAUCAACGUACUGGCUAUGGAUCACGCCACCGACGGCUUCAAUAUUGCGCGCGCCGCUAUGCAGAAACUUGCCGGCAGCGCCGGCGUCGCCAUGGGCCGCAUCGAAGCAACCUACACAGAGACGAAUGCGAGCGCGUGUGGAAUCUAG